UGCCCUGAGGUGCUGCGGCGGAGCCGCGGCCCCGAUUCCUCCCCUCACAGCGGCACCAGAUGUCAGGAAUAUUGCCACAUUUGCCCUUCUGUGUCACACCGUGCCGGUAUUUGAGUCAGUGGAGGUGCACUGGGAUUGCAGUUACCUAAAAGUGUGUUUGUUUGUGUUUGUUCUUUCUCUCUAAAAGCAGCUUUGAAGUUUUGCAGGUAGCCCUUAGUUUUUACAGCUUGCCAUAAAGCAUCCAGAGCCAGGACUAAGGAAAUUCAUUGAAUUUAAUAACUUUUCCGUGCUGUGGAGGUUUUCCAUGGCUGUGCAAGGAACUUCUGAGCAGGACUGGAUAUUGCAGAUUUGCCCAGCAUGUCUUCGCUGACAGAGAAGGACAGACCAAUUGUUCAGUUCUUACUCAACACUGGCACUUGCCCACGAUGUGUUUUGAGGUUCUGCUGCGUGGGAUCACAGAUGCUCUACAGACAUCCACACCAGGAUUUGCUGAAGGAUUUGCAGGAAUUUCUGAAGAACAGUCAGGAAAAUGAAGGCACAGUCUGUUUGGAUGUGGCUGACCCACCUUGUAAGAGAAUCAGACUUGAACACAGGGAAGAAGGUGCUGAUGAUGUGAACCACAACGGAGCCAUCCUGCAGCUGCCCUCGGCUGACAGUGGGAAUACUGCCACGGAGAGCUCGUCUGGGAAGGUUUGCAACGUGUGUUUGGGAAUUCUCCAGCAGUUCUGUGAGGCUGACUUUGUAAAAAAGGUGUGCCAAAAAGUUAAUUCUGCUGACUACCAGUUCACCAGUUUUGUAUUUUCUGUGUCACUACCCCCACAGCUGUCUGUCAGGGAGCGUGCUGCUUGGCUGGGGGUGAAGCAGCAGAUGAGAAAUCUGGGCCUUCCCUUGGCAAAGGAUGACAUCGUUCAGCUGAAAGAAGCUUAUAAGUGGAUAAUUCAUCCCCAGUUGUCAGAAGAGUUGGGUGUUCCUGCUGAUGGAAAGAGUCUGUUUGAAGUUAGCGUGGUCUUCACUCACCCAGAAACAGAGGAGGAGUGCCAUUUCCUAGCCACAGCCUGCCCAGACUGUUUCAAACCAGCGAAGAACAAACAGUCUGUUUUCACCAGAAUGGCAGUUAUAAAAGCCCUGGAGAAGAUAAAAGAAGAGGAUUUUCUCAAGCAUUUUCCGUGUCCCCCAAGUUCACCAAAGAACCUCUGUGAUGCUCUGGAAAUUCAGUGCAAUAAUGGUGCAGUUUUUGUGGCUGGAAGAUACAACAAAUACUCCAGGAAUUUACCUCAGACUCCCUGGAUUAUUGAUGGGGAGAGGAAGCUGGAAUCUUCAGUGGAAGAAUUAAUUUCAGAGCAUCUAAUGGCAGAAUUCAAGGCAGACAGCUUUAAUUUCAGUUCCUCUGGAAGAGAAGAUGUGGAUGUAAGGACACUAGGCAAUGGAAGGCCCUUUGCGAUCGAGCUGGUGAAUCCUCGCAGGAUUCAUUUCACCGCGGAGGAGAUGAAGAGGCUGCAGCAGGCAAUUAAUGACUCUUCAGACAAAAUACGGGUUCGAGAUUUACAGCUUGUCACCAGAGAGGCAAUUGGUCGCAUGAAGGAAGGUGAGGAGGAGAAGACAAAGACCUACAGUGCCUUGAUCUGGACAGACAAAGCAAUACAGAGAGAAGACAUCGCGUUUCUAGAUGAUAUCAAGGAGUUGAAGCUGGACCAGAAAACCCCUCUGCGGGUGCUGCACCGGCGGCCGCUGGCCGUGCGCUGCCGGCUCAUCCGCUGCACAAUAUUUGCUUUUAGGUCACAAUUUCACAUUGGAAUUUUCAUUAACUAUCCAGUGUUUUCCAGCUACAUUAAAGAGUUUGUGCAUGGAGACUUUGGGAGAACAAAGCCCAACAUUGGGGCUCUUCUGAACAGAACUGCUGACAUUCUGGAGCUGGAUGUAGAAUCUGUUGAUGUUGACUGGCCUCCAACCCUGGCUGAUUAACUGCUGGAGCUGGGAUGAGGGAGCAGCGGCUCCUUGGCAGCAGCUGGUGACCAGACACUGUGCAGUGUUACAGCCUGGGUGCCAAGGGUGUCCCUGGAACGCUUGGAUCACGUUGAUCUGCCAAAGGAUACCCUGGAGCUCUCAUUUACACACUCUGGACCAGGCAGUGUUGGUUCAAUCUCUAGCCUUACUUUUAUUUCUUCUGUACAUAAAAAGAUUUUGGGGAGCCAAUGUUUAUACCCCCCCCCAGCAAGCCAGACUUUAUUUUCAACUUUUUUUAUAUUGGAUACUACAGCUUUCCUUGUGUGGAUGCAGGUAACACCGAGUUAUCUGAAACCCACUCCCAGCUUUUUCUGAGCAGUUCAUGCAGGAAAUCCCACAAGCCAGGGAGGCUGCAGCCAGUAGGACAGUGCCUGCAGCAAGUUUCCCUGACUGCUUUUUGGUCAGUGGCAGUAGAGAUGAGCAAAUUUGUAUCUCAGAGUGCAUUUCAAAGGGAAAAAAUAGUUUCCAGAGAAAAACUUUGCGCUUAAAACCAAGUUUUUCUCAUUUAAAAACAUUGGGGAUGCUUCCUAGAAACAAGAGGUGAGGCCUCAUCAGCCCUCUUGAGGAGUAGGAAUUCCCCAGUGAGUCACAAUAUAUAAAAAGAUUGGGAACUCCUGGCAGUGGUGCAUGAUGGGAAUCUAAAGAAAAACAGGAAUACCAAGAAUGUCAAAGUGCAGGCAAAAACAAAAGGUACCACAGGAUGCUGGUAACGAGAGAGAGAUAAAAAGCUGUGAUUUAGCAGCAUAAUACAUUUUUUCUUGGACCUCACCUUGGAUGGAUGCCUGGAAGAGUUGAACACAGCCUAGGAACUUGCCUGGAAUAGGGAAGAUCUGAGGUUUUCUUUGGUUAUUUAAAAUUUCUUACUAAGCACCACCUACAUCUUUAGGAAGUAAUUUUUUAUACUUGUGUCACGUUAAUCCCUGAGGGAGGUGCUUCCCUGAAGUACAGAAGAGUGUUUAAACUAGCAACAAGAAAUUAAGGUUUGGAAUUUCAGAGCUCUUUGUUACCAUUUUGGGAAUAAAGAGGGUAACAUUUGCCAAGACAAGCCACUGUCUGGGGACAGGGAGGAUGACUGGGAUGUCUUCCCUUGAAUUCAGUGAUUCUAGAAAAGCUCCAUGACAGUCUGAGCUGGAGGCUCUAAAAGUGUUAAUAAAUACAUUUGUAAGGAACUCCUUUAAGGCUCUGCCUGUGCUGGGCUGUCAAAACUUGUGUCUGUAAUGUAAGUAAUUCAGAAGCUCCUGACUUUCUAACACAAAAAUUUGAUUCAGACAGCAAUAUUAUUUUUGGUUUUAAUAUUAAAGCUCUUAUGAGCAACAGAUACCAUGAGCAAUUCUCAGAUAAUGAUCUGCAGCUAGGAAGGAAAUGUCAUUAAUGAUGGAAAACCAGAGAAACUGAAUUCAGAAAACAAAAUAGAAUUUCUUAUCUGAGUGAUUUCUUAAAGCGCACAUUGAACUAAAAUGUGAUUUAUAAAUUCCAUAAGCUACAAGGGGAAAAAAAAUAUCAACAAGAGUGUUCUUUCUGGACACAACAGGCAUGGGAAGAGCUGUUCCAAGGGGAAAUGGAGCCAAAAGGGGGAGAGGGAAAGAGCUGCUGCAGUAGUGCCAAGGACACACAAGGCUCUUCCCUCUGCAGCUCCUGCUGCACGUGGGGAUCCCAGGCAGAAUCCAGGAAAAACAAGGCCAUAAAGGUGACCCUGGGUGUGCUGAGUCUGAGCUCUUCUCUGGGAAAGGCAGAGAGGAAAAUUCCAAAGUUUUCCCAGGUUUUCCUCCCAAAAUUUUUCUCCCAGUUUUUUUUCUUCCAAAAUUCUCUGUUUUUAUGGUAAAUCUGAAGUAUCUGAAUGGUGGGAUGGAGGCUGAUAUGCUAAUAUCCUUGAGCUCUUGAGGCAGUUCCUGGGCACCAACCAUGUGCAAAUACGAAACUGAGAAAUGUAAUCUGGGGCUCUGAACUCUGUUUCCAGUCCAGUUCCGGGGCCAUCAUGUACUGAACACUGCAGCAAUAAUAUUCAUGUUGUACUUGGGCCUUCACCUGGUUUUCAGGAGUAUUUUUGUGAGUGCUCAAAGUGGGUGUUUUGUGAGAGCCAGAUUUCAUCUUGUAUUUCCUCUAAUGCCUCCCCCUGCAUUUUGGUUUUGCAUCAGCUCAGCUGGGCCUGGAGAAAGCUGUACCAGCAAUGCAGCUCAGCCAAAAGCAUCUGUGCCCUUGGCCCCUCUGCCUAAAAACCCAACAGCUCUGCCACAAAACCUGCUGAGGAAGGUGAGCCCUCACUUGCCUUGAGGUUUUACAGUGGCCACCAGCAACAGGGAACAGAAAAUACCCCAGAAAACCCCAGGAUAAGCAACCAAUAACCUACCUUGUCCCUUUUCCCUGCCUUUCCCGUGCUGAGGGAGGUCAUGAAGCCGAGGAGGUUGCAGAAGCUGAGCUCUUGGUAUAACCAGUUUUUUUUUAAUUACCAAACCAACUCGUUUACAAAGGAAAACAGAACUUUGAAAAUAUUUAAUUAUACAGUAAAAACAAAUUGUACUAUAAAGAGCUUUCUAUGAAGUGAGUAAAAUGUUUACAUUUAAUAUACUUAAAACUGAGAACUUCAAAAAAAAAAAAAACUGAAUAAACAACACGUUUCAAACUUUCUGCCUAUUUUUUUUUGGUCUUUCUAUUGCUUGAGAGUGUGGAGGAGAGGUGCAGAAGGGAGUAAAAACUGCUUUAAAA